CAGUAAACCUCUUCAGGUCAAUUAUAGACUAGCAAUAUUGGUAGCGCAAAUACCAACGUUGGUAGCAUUGUUAGGCACCAGGAACACCAACAUUAACAUAUUCCUUUACGGAUGACCAAACCUGUGUGUGGAUAUUUAAAUUGACGGACACAAGCAUCCCAGGAUUUUUAGCCUUUAUCCACAGAAACAGGUAUACAAAUAAAUUUUAUAAUAGUUGGCCAUCCUGAUUUCGAGCUUAUAUGUGCUGGACACGCAUUCCAACUGACAGCCCUCUCCACCAUUGUCUAGGAGUACAGCGGUACGUAUUUCUCAACAACAGCUCCUCAUGACUCGGUGAAUACGUUAUAUGUAUUUGAUGUCAUUUAAGUAAAUGCAUUAAAGAUAACAUGAACUGAAUAUUAAUAAUUCUAAUUUUCAGGUGUCAUGGAUGAAGAGAUGAAAGUUUGUUUUAAAGUUUACUUUGAAGAGGGAAAUGAACGUUAAAUACGUCGUUUUAAUUUCAAACUCACUUCUGCAUUAAACUUCGCCAUGCUAAGGGAGAAACUACAAUCUAUUUUCCCAUCCCUUCACGGAUGCAACUUUAUCGUUGCGUGGAAAGAUGCCGAAGGUGAUAAAAUUACAAUGUCCAGCGACGAAGAAUUGAUGCUGGCAUUAACUGAAUCACAGACUGAAGUGCGCAAACUAUAUUUAAAACCAGGAGCUGGAUCUGCCGAAGGCGAAGAAGAACCACCCCACGUUAAUGAUAACUCCGCUGGCCCUUCCAGUAGCAAGCAGCAGAAAUCACAAGAACAGCAAGAAGAUGCCCAUAUUCAGUAUCUGAGAAUCAUUGGACAAUUGGUCGAGAAAGGAAGAGUGUCUGUGUUUGGGAAUAACGAUUAUGGACAACUUGGUCUCGGUCACAAGAAUGUUACUGUGAAGCCAAGCUGUGUGAAGAGUUUGAAGCCAGAAAAGGCUACUCAUGUUGCAUGUGGAAGAGCACACACAUUGCUCAGUACAGAUUCAGGUGAAAUAUUUUCAUGGGGGAGCAACAGUGACGGACAGUUGGGUGUUGUUGACGUAGCCGAUCGUUCAGCACCGACAAGAGUUUUGGGUGUACGUGAUGAAAUGAUUCGGCUGUCAGCAGGAUGCAUUUCUUCUGCUGCACUCACAGCUUGUGGACAUGUUUAUGUUUGGGGUAGCAAUUCAGGUGGUCAGCUUGGGCUCCCAGAAACAAAUGAUAGUGUUUUGAGUCCUGUUUUAAUGCCUUUUGACCAGCAGAUUGUUCACAUCAGUUUUGGAUAUUAUCACACAGCAUUUGUUACAGUUAUUUCCGUACUAGGAGAUCUUUGAUGUCUUCAGCAAGCAGCACUUUAUACACAUGUGGAGAAAGUGAAUCAGGAAAGUUAGGACUGCCCGACAGCCUUACCAAACAUUACCUCUCCUCAGAAAGUGACGCUUGGAAUUCCAGUAAAAUCUGUUUUCUGUGGUGGAUAUCACACGGUUGCAUUGACGGGUGAGGUUGAUGCUGCUCACUUUGGCUUCAAGAGUUUGUUGAUUCUUUGUAGAGAAAUGUAGUUGAGAUAAAAUUCUCUCUUUGUAACAAGUGACUGUGGACGUGUGCACAUCUAAAUGGUGCACUUGAGUACAAGUGGUUUUUGUAGGUGAUGGAUGAAAAUGUUCAAGAAAUAACAUAGUGAUCAUGGGGUGCCAAAAUAUAAACAGGUUUGAUAGUUCAUUUACAAACAAAAUAAUGAUUGAACCACGUGAUAGGGUUUGAAAUUUAUUGCCUCUGGAUUGGUUUAAUUGAAUACAAAGUGUUUUGUAGUUACAGAUUGGUGUAAGAGUCGUGAAUCAUGAAGCUAAGUAUAUUAUCAAU